AUGGACAAUUACGAAGGCGACGACGUUCACGAUUCGGACCUUGAGCAGCAAGUCAACAAGCAAAGAGGUCUCACUUUCAUCGAAUCCUCGAUCCUUGUCUUUCUCGCGAUUCAAUGCGUUGGUCUUCUCGCUACAUUCAUCAUCUACCUUGCUGGACUGGCUUUCGCGAUUUUCCCCUUCAUCAACCUUGUCUGUGGGCCAAAUCGAAACAAUGGCCGAAACGGAGAGGGAUUCCCGGAUCAAGGCAGACAGCAAGACGAUCAGAGCAGAAAUCAUUCGAACCCAGAGGGUGAAUGUACAAAUCCAGACGAUGACUUCGAAUUCGAUGUCGACAUACAAAAAGGACGUGUGCGCACGAAUGAUCGCGUCAUCGCUAUUCUCAUCCUAUUACUUUUCUUCUAUAUCGUCUACGAAAACGGAAGAAAUAGACAGAGACAACGUGAGCCCCGAAGAAUUCGAAUGAUUCGGAAUCCGGAUCGAAUCGAAGAGUUGGAGAGUGAGGACGAAAUGGAUAUCACUCAGCGCCCGGCAAUUGAGGAUCAUCAAGCUGAAGACCACAACGCCGACGGACACGCACUCAACCCUUACAAAUCUGUCACAGACAGAAACGCUAUUAGAUUCAUCCAGAGCAAGACGCAGCUUCUUCAAACCGCCAAGAAAAACAUUCGUGAUAACAAGCUUCCUGUAGAAAAAUGUGCCUUAAAAACAAAAAUAAAAGACAAAAUAGCUCUCAAAGAUAAAAGCGAAUAUGCUGAUUCUAUAACAAAUGGCCGAGUCAGCGCUCUAGACGAGAAUCCUCCUAAUAAAGCCCUUGCUUUGGCUUUUAAAACGAUCGGUAACUGUGGAGGAUUCGGUAAAGCCAUCGAAGUUGUUGAUCGACCAAGUCUCAAAUUUGAUGAUGAAAAACAACUAGCUAGAUCAAUAAUUAAACCAACAUUCAAAUCAACACAGCCUCUCUAUCAAGAAAACGGAGAAUACUCAAUUUCAGAGGUUACUUUCGAAAAAAAGCGAAUCAAAGACGACAAACCGACUGUUCUUGGAGUUGCUAUCCUUCAAAAUUCAAAGCUUCACUUUCUGUCCUUCGUCUACAAAUUUCUUCACAAGUAUUUGAAGCCAGGAUCAUACAAGCUGAAUUAUUGUGAUACAGACAGUCUCGCAAUAUCUUUUACCAGGAGUGAAGAAUGUAUCGACACGAAUCGUUCAAAAAUGAUGACUUCAUUCUUACCUUGUGUUCACCAAGAGUUGAAAUACGAGUUUCUCCAAGAAUGUGGCAAAUGGCUUGUUCUUGAAAACACCAACCUAAACGAGAAAACUCCUGGUCUCUUAAAAUCUGAAUGGGAGACAGAUUCGGGAGCACUUGUUUGCCUCGGAAACAAAAUGUAUUUCGGCUAUGAUCCGAAAAAUGACAAGGUUAAGCGAUCAACAAAAGGAGUUCCGCAUAACCAAGAGUUAAAACUGCAAGAAUUCCUUGAUUGCUUGUAUGGAAACAUAGAAACAAAUAAUCGAUUCACUUUGCGAACUCUACGCCCUACUACCAACAAUGUUGUUAAACGAGUUUCAACUGAAAAAGUUCUACUUUCAAAUUUAUUUGUAAAAAUGCGCGUCAUGGAUGAUGGCAUUACCUGCGAGCCACUGACCCUCGACGGCAAGCCGCUUUAA